GCCCAGGAUCCGCGCACGGCCGCCCGCCCUGCGCCGCCGCCGCAGCAGCCAGAAGCGCCGCCUGGACGGGGAGCCCGACGGCUGCCCGGAGGCCAAGAAGAGGCUGGCGGAGGCGGUGCCUGCCUUGGGGGAGUGGCUCCUUGUCGCGGGCCAGCCGUGCGGCCCGGGACUCUCUCCGCAGGGCCAGAGUCACCUGCCUGGCCCGCUGGACGUUCCCUGGGAAGAGAUGGAGCAGUCGGCGGGGGAGCUGCAGUGCGAGGCGGCCCGCAGGAAGCUGCAGGAGAUCGAGGACAGAAUAAUUGACGAGGAUGAAGAAGAUGAGAGCACCCUUCCGGCAGGGGGUGUCUGCACCCUUCCCACCUUGGUUCUUUCUGACACCCUGAAAACAGGGCUGAAGAGGGAUUACGAAGGAGACCUGACAAGGCAAAUGAUCGAGUCCAUGAGCCGCCCCUCCAUGGAGCUGGUGCUUUGGAAGCCUCUCCCAGAUUUCCUCACUGAAAGGACGCCUGUUUCUGCGAAAAUCUUCAAGCCACUGAUCACAGGAAGAUGCCCCACGAAGCCAGCAGCCCAGGAAGCUGCCUUUUGCCCACAGGCGGCAGAGUUUCCUGAGCAGCCUCAGCAAGAGGAGAUGCCUUCGGCCCUCUAUGGCCCCCUGGGGCGCCCUGCAGGUGCAGACGAAGAGAUGGAGUUGUAGGCAA